CUACAGUAGAGGUCGAGACGGCUGUUGUCGAGCACAGAGCCGUCGCAGAGGCGGCAGCCGUUUCGGCCCCGCAUCCCAUCAAAGGCCAGUGCAUUCACGUGUUUGUUGUCCUCAAUAAUGGCUUUGAAAUGACCGCCGAUUUAGAGAUGGAUAUCAAACGCAGAGUUCGUAACAAAAUCGGAGCUCUGGCCGUUCCGGACGUGAUUUAUGCGAUCAGUGCUCUCCCGAAGACUAAAUCGGGUAAAAUUAUGCGAAGGAUAUUGACUAAAGUGGCCCAAAAUGACCACAAAUUUGGCGACACGUCCACAAUGGCCGACGAGUCUGUACUCCAGGAACUGUUGACUACCCGUUGUAUCUCGUAUUAAACAAUUAUCUAAAAUAUAAUAUUGUUA